AUGGACGCAAUAGACGCAGUAGUAACGCAGAAGAGAAUAACGCAGAAGAACGACGCAGAAGAACCUAAACAUAAAAAGAAGCAAGAAAAAUCAUUUACGAUCGUUCCGAUACGAUGCACUGAUAAGAAGAAGCAGCAUGUAAAUUUGUUAUAUAUACAAGAUGCACAAGACCACAACGUGGGACACUUCAUGUGGAUUAAGAAUUUGUCUCGCCUUGUGAGCUCACAAUUAAGUAAAAACAAAUGCAAGAAAUAUAUAUGUGAUCGUAAAUUGAAUGACUGCGCCAUCAUACUGCCGAACUAUGACAACAAAUGGCUCAGCUUCAUCAACUACUGCAGGAAAGAGCAGAUCCCGUUUGUAGUUUACGCCGACUUGGAAUGCAUCCUGGAGAAGACACCGAGGGAAGAACAAACGAGUUCGUAUGCGUAUUAA